UUGGGGGAGGGGGCCGCGCGGCGGCGGCGCCCGGGCGGGCGCGCGUCCGCGGCGGUGAUGGCGGUGCGUGAACGCGCGGCGGCAGCAAUGGCCGCUCUGGAGCGGCGGGUGCCGAGUCUCGAUGACUUCGCGGGACAGAGCUGGAGCUCGUGGGUGGAGCGGGCCGACCUGCCCGUGACCGACGGGGCUGAGUUGGAAGAGAGUAACAAAAGCACCAAGAAGUUGGAUGCCAUGACCCUCAUUAAAGAAGACAUGUCCAUCUUCGGGCACUGCCCUGCCCAUGACGACUUCUAUUUGGUUGUGUGUAACCACUGCAGCCAAGUGGUGAAGCCUCAAGCUUUCCAGAAGCACUGCGAAAGAAGACAUGGGCCCCUCAGCAAGCUUUACGCCCGGGCCCCACCCCCACCUCCAGCCCCUGCCAGCUCUCAGAAAUGCCAUGUAGUGAAUGGGCAGGGCCCAGCUUGUAGGGCCCCAGGUUCCACCAAAACCUCCUCCAGGGAGAAGGGCCAGGGGUCCCGGAGCCGUGGCCACCAGCCUCCUGAGAAGACCCAGAAGGACAACCUCUGCCUUUUCGUGCCUGUGGUGAAUCUGGAGAAGAUGUCCAGUCUCCCGAAGCCCGAUGGACACGGAAUCAGGGUGGCCCCGCCCUCUGCUUUCCUCAGCCAGCCAGGUGGCCUCACCAAGGAUUCCCCAGGAAAAAACCCCAUGGCACCCCCUUCUAAAGAACCUCCUGGCAGAGAGAGCAUUGAGAUGAACCCCAGCGAGGGCCCCAGUCACCGGACUGAAGGCAGCCCCACUGAAAAGGAAGCUAGUGGGGUCAGGCUGCCCCCCAAAACUCACCGGAAGAUGGCUCGAAAGGAGUGUGACCUCAACAGGCAGUGUGGGGUAAUAAAUCCAGAGACCAAAAAGAUCUGUACCCGCCUGCUGACGUGCAAGAUCCACUCGGUGCACCAGCGCCGGGAGGUCCAGGGCCGGGCCAAGGACUUUGAUGUGCUAGUGGCAGAGCUGAAGGCCAACUCCCGCAAAGGGGAGUCUCCCAAGGAGAAAAGCCCAGGGCGUAAGGAGCCAGCUCUGGAGCGCCCCUCCCAGGAGCCCCCCUCCUCAGUCCCGGUUGUGGCAGCAGCGGCUGUGCCCAGCAGCACCUUCUCUGCUCGUGCCAAGCAGACCUACCCAUACUGUGCACUGCCCAGGUCCCGGGCCUCCUCUGAGAGUGAGUUGGAUGAUGAUGGCCCCUGUGGUGGUGAUGGGGACCCAGGCCUGUUCCCCUUCCCCCUGCCCCGGGGUGGGGCCCAAGCCUCCAGCGAGGAGAGUGAGGAGGAGGGGACAUCUGACGACCUCCACCACCCCCCUGACUGCCAUUAUGCAACCCGGCCCCCGCGGCCACAGGCGUUCUGCACCUUUGGGAGCCGGCUGGUGAGUCCAGGAUGCUACGUGUUUAGCCGCCGGCUGGACCGGUUCUGCUCCGCACUGAGCUCCAUGCUGGAACGGCACCUCAGCUCACACAUGUGGAAAAAGAUUCCACCAGCGGCUGAGCCUCCAUCUCACCUUGUCAGCUCAUCUCUGUCUGCUCCCCUGAGCCCAUCCUCUACGGGCAGCUGCCCCCGCCUUCCAGGCCCAACCCCCAGACCUGCCUGCCCAGCCUCCACACCCCCCACCAAGGACAGCCUUGUCCCCAGCUACCCUGCAGGCUCCCCCAGUGUGGCAGCCGCCUGCAGCCAGGCAGAAUGCAUGGGCGGGAGCCAGGCCAUCACCUCACCACUGCCUGCCAACACACCAUCCCCAUCCUUCAGCAAGCUCCCUCCUUCGAAGGCCAGCAAGUCAUCCAAAGGCAAGGACGGGGCUGAGGUGGAGGCCCCUUCUCGAAAGCGAAAGUUAUCCCCUGGCCCCACCACUUUCAAACGGACCUGCAUCAUGGAGCCCACUGGAAAAGGCAAACCUGGCUGCCGGGGCCUCUCAACCAAGACUAAAACAGCCCUGGGCAUGGGGCUUAAUGGGACGGUGGGGCCAAGAGUGAAGCGGGCAGGGCCCCUGGACUGUCGGGGUUCCCCUCAUCCGCCCCCCACACCAGUCAAGGCUUCUCAGCUGGACAACCGGGGAGCGGCUGGACACCCAGCCAAGGCCCUGCCAACCAACUGCCUCUCUGAGGAGGAGGUAGCCAAGAAGCGGAAAAAUCUGGCCACUUACUGCCGGCCAGUGAAGGCCAAGCACUGCCAGGCUGGCACCCCUGCUGAUGCGGCCUGCUCUGUGCGCCGCAAGAAGCCGGGUCCGGCCCUGGCCUUUGAGGAGAAGUGUUCUACACUGAAGGGAAGGGAAGAAAGGGGAAGCUGAGAGAGUUCCUGGGCCGUCUUCUUUAGGGCGAGGUGGAUCAGCUCUUCGCAAGGUGACUCCAGCUUUUGCUUGAUGGCCUUCCCCUAUCCCCAGCCCUCUCCGCUGAGCUACAGAGAUGCCGACUCUGCCUCCCCCUCCCCCACUCUCGCUUUGCUUUAAUCAAAGUGGCCCUCACUCCAGGAACUGGAGCUACCUCUAUCCCCUGAAGGAAAGGACGUUGGACUCCCUGAGCUCUGCUAAGAAAGGUUUGGGUAGUGGGGUUGAGCUUGGGUCCCUGAGCUGUGGCCUAACGUGCUGAGCAGCAGGGUGGGUGGGCUGGUCUUGUUCAUUGGUUUUGCCUCUGGGUAUCAGGAUAUGGAAAGGCAGGGGCACAACUCAGGGUCCACAUAUGCAUGUAUGCCCACCUUGCACAUGUACCCACUUCCAGGUUUUCAGGUGCCAAGCGAGUUCUUCAGGGUUUCUGGUAAAACCAGCAGCCAGGUUUAUUUGCCUCUUCUGAUGGGAGCCCUGGCGUAGCGUGCUAUGAACUGUCCGCAUGAUCCCAGCCAGGAGGGACUUAUUGGAGGUGGGAAGGAGGGUUGCUUUCCUGGUUUAGGCAUGGGCCAGAUACAUACCAACACCUCUGGCACCCAUAUGAACAGUUGCCCAGGGCAUGAGAGUGUGUGUUUGUGCGCACAUGUGUGCAUGAGUGGUCUCCAGCCUGCCCCUGCUGGGCUGGCCUUCAUCUUCCCCUUUGCCCAGCUUUACUCACCAGGCCAGCAGGAGGAAAUCAAGCCUUAGCCUUAUGGUCCACACAGUUCACUGGGUAGGAGGACUGCUAGGCCCUGAGCCUGACCCUGUCUCUUGCCUCUUGUCUUC